AUGGCUAGUCCGCCAGUUCUAGCUUUCGAUGCCGAGGGCCGUCCAGUGAAGUUCGAAACCUGGCUAGAUGACCUGCACCUGUUCCUACAGCUCACUGCCAAGGAAGAUAUCUCACUGUACGACCACGCCCUAGGCCAUGCCACUGCCCCUGACUCGUCUGCUGACAGCACUCUGCGUUCUCAGUGGCAGACCCGUGAUGCGCACGCUCGCUUUGCUAUUCGCAACUCCCUGCCGCUAGACGAGCGCGAGCACUUCGGCCAGUGCAAGACUGCUAAGGACCUCUACACCGCUGUAGUUGCCCGCUACUCCUCACCCGCUUCUGCCACGCUAGGCCGCCUCACUCUCCCCUACCUGUUCCCUGACCUAGCCUCCUUUCACACUGUCGCAGACCUCAUCACCCACCUUAAGACUAGUGAGGCCCGCUUUCGCGCUGCUAUGCCUGCCGAGUUUCUCACUAGCAACCCCCCCCCGCUCUGGAUCACUCUCUACCACAUCGUCACCCGCCUCCCUGACUCUCUGCGCGCAGCACCUCUCGUGGCGACCCCCGCACCCCGUUCUUUGAGGGGUGUUCCCCUUCCCCCCUCCUCCCCUCUGUCGCCUCUGCUGCUGCUGUCGACCUUCUUGGUGCUGAGAAGGUCGGGACCGCGUCUGCUUCGAGCGGGCGCCGCAGGAACAAGGGGGGCAGGGGUGGGGGUGGCGGCGGAGGAGGUGGGGGUGGAGGCGGUGGGAGUGGAGGCGCGGCUGGGGAGACUAGUGGCGGCAGUGGGGGAGUGGACAGCGGCGGUGGGAGUGGUGGUGGAGGCGGCAGCGGAGGCGGAGGUGGUCGUGGCGGCGGCAGGGGUGGAGGUGGCCGGGGCGGCGGCGGUGGGGGUGGUGGUCGUGGAGGCACUGGCGGAGGGCAGAGUCAGCAGCCCGCCCCGACGCUUCAGGCCGCCCGUGAGUGGUAUGCGCAGCGUAGCGUUACCUGCACACUUUGAUGCUAUUCUCACUGCCAUGUAUGCGAUGUCUAUUAGUGGAGAGGGUGCUCAGUACUUGCGUGUUCCGCCCGACCCGGGCAUUCAGGCCAGUCCGGCUGCCGCUCUAGGUGCUAGUGUGUCUGCUCCCACAGGUCCUGGUGAGGCUGCAGCCCUAGGUGCUCGUGCGUCCGUGCCCCCUGGUACUGAGUCGACUGCAGCACUGCACACCUUCACACUGGACUCAGGUGCUUCUCGCUCCUUCUUUCGUGACCGCACUGUCCUUGAGCCACUCGCUCGGCCAGUUGCUGUCUCCCUUGCUGACCCCUCUGGGGGUCCGGUCAUUGCGACCUCCUCCACUGUCCUUCCUUGUCCGGCGGUCCCGUCCGGCACGCUGUCAGGUCUCUACCUCCCCUCGUUCUCUACGAACUUGGUGGCAGGUAGUGCGCUCCAGGACGGGGGUGUUCACCAGUUCACCCCUGCCUACGAGCGCGUGACACACUGCACGUGUGCUCGGACGGGUCGCCACCUGGCUACCUUCACUCGGGAGCCGGGGUCGGACCUUUACACACUGACCACUGAGUCCCCUCAGGUAGCUGCGUCCGCGUCUGCGUCUGCGUCAGGUCAGCUGUCCGCCCCCUGCUCGUGUCGCUCUCUGGCGCAUGAGACUGUCCUUUGGCACCACCGCCUUGGUCACCCGUCUGUGCAGCGCCUUCGGGCCAUGCACAAACGGGACCUUGUUGCUGGUCUUCCCAGGGUGCUCCCUCCCCUUCCCGACUCGCCUGCUCCUCCCUGUAUUCCCUGUGUCGAGGGACGGCAGCGCGCCGUUCCUCACUCCUCCUCCUUUCCCCCGACGACUGCUCCCUUGCAGACGCUCCACAUGGACGUGUGGGGCCCAGCCCGCGUCCGUGGUCAGGGUCAGGAGAGGUACUUCCUGAUUGUUGUUGACGACUUCUCGCGCUACACCACGGUCUUCCCCUUGCGCGCCAAGGGUGACGUCCCUGAUGUCUUGAUCCCUUGGAUCCGCAGAUCUCGUCUCCAGCUCCGUGAGCGUUUCCGCUCCGACUUCCCUGUCCUGCGUCUGCACUCUGACAGAGGUGGGGAGUUUUCCUCUGGCCUAUUGGAGGCCUUCUGUCAGCAGGAGGGCAUUGAGCAGUCGUACACGCUUCCGGCCUCUCCACAGCAGAAUGGGGUUGCUGAGCGCCGCAUUGGUCUGGUCAUGGAGGUCGCUCGUACCUCCUUGAGCCAUGCGGCUGCCCCCCAUUUUCUGUGGCCGUUUGCAGUCCGAUACGCUGCGCAUCAGCUCAACCUCUGGCCCCGUGUCUCCUUGCCGGAGACUUCUCCGACACUGCGUUGGACGGGAGAGGCUGGCGAUGCGUCGCGUUUUCGGGUCUGGGGAUCCCGAGCUUUUGUCCGCGACACGUCCGCGGACAAGCUCUCCCGUCGCGCUGUCCCUUGCGUCUUCCUUGGCUUUGUCCCGGACGCCCCUGGCUGGCAGUUCUACCACCCCACCUCGCGUCGUGUCCUGGCCUCUCAGGACGUCACUUUUGACGAGUCCGUCCCCUACUACCGCCUCUUCCCCUACCGCACUGCCCCGCUCCCCCCCCGCCUCUCUUCCUCGCUCCAGGUAGACCCGGGUGAGCCUGUCGAGGUAGCUGUUGACUCUCGUCCUGCUAGGGGUGCUGAGCCUAGGGGUGCUGCGUCUGGGGGUGCUGAGCCUGGGAGUGCUGAGUCUGGGGGUGCGGAGCCUGGGGGUGCUGAGCCAGGAGGUGCGGAGCCUGGAGGUGCGGAGCCUGGAGGUGCUGAGUCUGGGGGUGCUGAGUCUGGGGGUGCUGAGCCUGAGCGUGCUACACCUGGAGGAGCCCUCUCCUCCCAGCAGCUGCAGGAGAGGUACCUCGAGUACUGCCGCCUCCGGAGAGGUACUGCUGGAGCUCGUCCCGGUACUUCCCCUCCUACCCAGGAGCUCCCCCCCAUUCAGCAGAUCCGCGAGUGGUACACACGGCGCUGCAGUCUUCGGAGUGGUGCUCCUGGUGCUGCGGACCCUGGGGGUGGCGCUGCUGCUGGUGCUGAGGACCCGGACGUGGGAGCUGCUGCUGGUGCUGCGGACCCGCCUGGUGGAGCUGCUGCUGGUGCUGAGGACUCGGACGUUGGAGCUGCUGCUGGUGCUGAGGACCCGGACGGUGGAGCUGCUGCUGGUGCUGAGGACUCGGACGGUGGAGCUGCUGCUGGAGCUGAGGACCCGAGCGGUGGCACUGCUGCUGCUGCUGAGGACCCGGGCGUUGGAGCUACUACUGGUGCUGAGGACCCGGCCGGUGGAGCUGCUGCUGGUGCUGUGGACCCGGACGCUGGAGCUCCUACUGGUACUGAGGACCCGGCCGCUGGAGUCUCCUCUGCUUCCGGAGACGCUGUGCGGCCGCGACCGUACUUCGUACCACUUCUUCAGCAGGUUCUUGGGCAGGCUCCUCCUCCUUGUCCUCCUCCCUCCGUAGAGUGUCCUCCGCCUGUCCGGCCGCAGUCACAGUUACCACCUACCUCGCCUCUCCCUGCUCCCUCUCCUUACACUGGUCCCACAGGAGGUCUUACAGAGCGUCGUGAGCCUGAGUCUCGUCCUGCGUCGCCUGUUCGUCCUGCUCGCACUGGUAGUCGUGUCCGUCGUGAGCGUCCUCCUCCUGUCCCAGGCACUCACUACAUGACUCUGCGUCCCUCUACUGCUCCUCAGCGUGUCCCUCUACCGUCUCCUCCUGCGUCCUCUUUGCCUGACGUUCCGGACCCUGAGUCUGACCGGUAUCGUGCUGAGCACCCUACUGUCACGCGUCUCCUUGCUACUGUUGUCACUGACCCUACCUUUGAGUCCUCGGCUGCGUCUGCUCUGGUCGCUGAGUUGGUUGACUUUGCUGCUUCCUGUCGUCUAGACUACGCUGCUAGCCUUGUCGCUGAGUCUGAGUCUGUCUGUCCUCCGUCCGUCGGGGGUGAGUGUGCUCUUGGCACGGACGUCCUUGAGGACAGGCAGGAGGAGUUCCAGUGUCUUGCUGCUGCUUUGCCCCGUCUCGUGUCCUUGCUAGUUGCCCCUGAGGGAGACCCGGAUGCACCAGACAUCCCGACCCCGCGCACUUACGCUGAGGCGAUGGCGGGUCCCUACUCCUCUCAGUGGCAGACAGCCAUGGACGCCGAGAUGGCCUCCUGGAAGUCCACACGCACCUACGUAGACGAGGUUCCCCCUCCUGGGGCGAACAUCGUCAGUGGCAUGUGGAUUUUCAGGGUGAAGCGGCCGCCGGGUUCUCCGCCUGUCUUCAAGGCGCGUUACGUGGCUCGAGGCUUCAGUCAGCGAGAGGGAGUUGACUUCUUCCAGACCUUCUCCCCCACCCCGAAGAUGACUACUCUUCGGGUGCUGCUGCACAUAGCCGCUCACCGCGACUACGAGCUUCACUCACUUGACUUCAGCACUGCUUUCUUGCAGGGCAGCCUGCACGAGGAGAUCUGGCUGCGCCGCCCACCUGGCUUCACUGGGUCGUUUCCUCCUGGUACCCAGUGGAGGCUUCAGCGGCCGGUCUACGGUCUCCGCCAGGCUCCGCGUGAGUGGCACGACACACUGAGGACUACACUUGCGGCUCUUGGGUUCGCGCCUUCUACAGCUGACCCGUCGCUGUUCCUGCGCACCGACACUUCGCUGCCGCCGUUCUACAUCCUCGUGUACGUCGACGACUUGGUCUUUGCCACUGCUGACACUGCAGGACUCGCCUACGUGAAGUCGGAGCUGCAGAGGAGACACACGUGCACAGACCUGGGUGAGCUGACAAGCUAUCUUGGCUUGCGGAUCACCCGGGACAGAGCACGGCGCACCAUCACCCUGACUCAGUCACACAUGGUGCAGCAGGUUCUCCAGCGCUUCCGCUUCACGUACUCCUCGCCUCAGUCCACUCCUCUGCCUACCGGUCACUCGCUCUCAGCUCUGCCUUCGGAUGAGUCCGUAGAGCCGAGUGGCCCGUAUCCAGAGCUUGUGGGCUGCCUCAUGUACCUGAUGACCUGCACUCGACCUGACCUUGCAUACCCUCUUAGCAUCCUUGCACGCUUUGUUGCUCCUGGCCGUCACAGGAAGGAGCAUAUGGAUGCCGCUAAGAGGGUGUUGCGCUACUUGUGCAGUACGUCGGGCAUGGGGCUUGUGCUUGGAGGGCGAGACCGAGUUGUUCUCACAGGGCACUCAGACGCUUCUUGGGCAGACGACCAGGCCACUCAGCGGUCGUCUCAGGGUUACACCUUCAGCCUUGGCUCUGGCUCAGUUUCUUGGCGCUCUACACGCUCUUCUUCUGUUCUCGGCUCCAGUUGCGAGGCUGAGAUCUACGCUACAGCCAUGGCUGCCCAGGAGCUACGCUGGCUGACCUACCUGCUGACCGACCUCGGAGAGCGGCCUCGUUCUCCUCCAGUACUGUACGUCGACAACAAGGCUGCCAUUGCCUUGUGUGAGGAGCACAGACUGGAGCACAGAACGAAGCACAUCGCCCUGCGGUACUUCCUUGCUCGUGAGCUGCAGCAGCGCGGUCAGCUUUGUAUUCGCUACGUGGCCACUGAGGCCAACACUGCUGAUGUGUUCACCAAGGCGCUUCAGCCUCGUGACCAUCAGCGCUUCUGCACUCUACUAGGCCUUGUGCCUACUGGACCUCACUUGCUUACCUCUUGA